UAUGCGCUGAACCAAAACACUAUGAUCGAUUAGUCGCAAACGAUUCGCACGAGUAUGCGGCCGGCAGUAUCUUUGGAAAUCGAAAAGGUUUCGAAGAAUGCAUGAUUGUUGAACUCUGGAACGACUUAUACUGCGUAGAGGAGUGUGACACCGAGGCGCUACACGAACAGGGGCUGCUCAACCCUGAAGACGACUUUGGUGACAACCCAGAGUACAUGAACGCGAAGAAGCUGUGGUGGGAGCAGAAAAUGGGCAUCCGCGGCAUUGAAGCCAUUGCCCGGUACCACGUGGGGCACGUUCGCUCACGGCGACGCCUUCAUCGAGCUGCAUACUUUUUGAUCGAGGAAGACGAUGCCACUCUCAAUUACAACUCGCCAGAAUACUUAGCAUCGCGUGCUGAACCCGAGGAUGUUCAUAAAGAAUAUCAAUUUUACAACGAACUUCAUGACAGCCCAGUGGAUUGGACGGCGAAGUCUGGAUGCUGGAUUCGGCUGUGGCGCCUCUCGGUGACCGAAAUCAUCCCGCACAACGACUUCGACGAGGGAUAUAGUGAGGCAUACGACGCGCUCGUGGAGUAUCAAGACAGCCGCGAACCAGGCUGUGAAGCACACGAAGAACCAGAAGAGUUUGCACGCCCACUACUCACGGGGCGCUGUGUUCCUACUCUGGCUACACUGGAGCGGAAUCGCCGCGAUUCGUAUGUUCAGCUGAAGAGCAUGACUUCUACUGUUGGCGUAGAUCUAGGGGAUCAUCAUAUACCCGGCAGCAUUCCUGCGGCUUACCGGAUGGUCAAAGACAACGCUUCUGUGUCGAACUCCGCAGAUCGUUCGUCAGGUAGACUCAUAAAGCAUACCGGGGCAGUUCGCGAUGAUGAGGUUGUCAAUCCGACUGGUGCAGUAGCCAAUGCGCCUUCUCCGAAAUUCUUUAAGGCGUUCUUGGAGAAGAAGGCAUUUGGACGUGCUGUUAACUCCAGCAUCCAAGUUCCGCCUGGCAUUCUUUCUGCCUCUCCCGCAGUUGGGAUCGAUAUACCUGAUCGAGAUCCAGAUAAUCUCUGUAACUUGAUACAACAGAAUGCACCUGGUCCUGUCCCUAUUGAGGGACGCGUCUGGGUGGGCUUAUCGAACCCUGAGGUGAGCUGUUACCAACAUCGCGAACAGCAGGAUACUACCAUUCGUGACCAUAUGGCUCUGUCUCGACCGAGGAAUGAUGCCGAGAACCAAUUGAUGGGUCUACUGCAUCUGCCCGUUAGCAAGGCUGACUCCAUGCAUCGUCCUCGAAGGGAAUGAAGAGUAUCCGCCGGCACUGGUGCACACGCGCGCGGACCUGAGUCAUUGCACUUUUCAUGCACAAGCUGUACCCGAGUAAGACCGUGGGAGGCCUGGGCGAAGACUGGGAGGGUUGGCAGCUGUCGGUGCUGAGCUCGUAACGAGUAGGGUUCGGAGCUGGACGUUCUUAGACAGGCUGAGCUCUGCAUCAAGUAAGAUCAGGCACCGCGAGAUGUUUACUAUGUUGGAUGAGCAUUUAAGCGCCUAGUUAGAUUGAGGAGAGAGGAGGUGUGACAGUGUAGUGGAUAACGCGAUUGAGACGGGUUGAAUGGAUAUCGCGAAGACUUGCGCAUGUUAUGCAACACAAAACUAAAGUUAUGUUUGCUGAGGGAGUUGUGGCGCUGUAGU